AUGGGCUCCCAGAUCGAUGACAGAGACUUCACCUCUCUGCUCUCCGAAUUGACCCUCGAAGAGAAGAUUGCUUUGCUCUCCGGCCGAGACUUCUCUACAGCGGCGGGCGUCGCUCGCCUCAACAUCCCACCUAUCAGAGUUGCAGAUUCUAUCGCCGGAGUGCGCCCCUCGGGCAUCACCGCCGACCUCACGACAGCCUGCUUCCCCAACACUGCUUGCCUUGCUUCAACAUGGGACGCCGAGCUCCUUGGACGGUUGGGCGAGGAGCUCGCCAACCAGGCCCGUCUGAAGAGUGCGCAAGUCGUUCUCGGUCCGACGAUCAACAUUCAUCGCGAUCCCCGCGCUGGACGCAACUUCGAGUGCAUGAGCGAGGACCCCUUGCUCUCCGGUCAGCUGGCGGGUGCAAUUGUCAACGGUAUUCAGAAGAGCGGCGUUGGCGCAUGCCCCAAGCACUUCGUCUGCAAUGACUCGGAGACUCUGAGACACUUCUACGAUGUCAAGCAGUCGCCCGAUAGCAGGGCAUUGCGGGAGGUCUAUCUCGCGGCAUGGCAGCAUCUGUUGCGUACUUCUAACCCCACUGGUGUCAUGACUGCCUACAACAAAGUCGACGGCACUUUCUGCAGCGAACACGGCCCGCUUACCGAAGGAGUUUUGCGAAAGGAAUGGGGAUUCGAUGGCAUCGUCAUGAGCGAUUGGUUCGCCGUCCACGACACCGUCGCCCCGAUAAAGGCCGGUCUGGACCUUGAAAUGCCAUUUCCCGUGUUCAGAGGCGGAAGGCUAGUUGAGGCUGUCAAGUCAGGCAAGGUGACCGAAGCAGAGAUUGAUGCCAGGGCGCUGAAGAUGCUGGAGCUCCGAAACCGCACAAGGAAAUGUCAUGGCGAGAGACCGGAGAGAUCUGAGAUCACCGAGGAGACAAACGCGAUAUCGCGGGAGCUGGCAUCAAGCGGCAUCGUGCUGUUGAAGAACGAAAAGGAAGCACUCCCGUUGGACCCUUCGAAGACCACGAAGGUGGCUCUGAUUGGGGAGUACGCCGGAUCGCCCGUUGUCACUGGUGGCGGAAGCGCUUCGUGUACGCCUCAGUACAGGCACUCUCCUCUCGAGGUUCUGAAGAAGGCCUUCCCUGGGGACGAGAGUGUCAGGUACGCCGCCGGAGUUCGCACACGACGGGUCAUUCCUGUGGCCCCGGCAUCCAAGCUCACGGCGCACGACGGGCGCCACGGUGUUGAUGUCAAGUACUUCAACGACGACUCAGCCGAGCCGGUCUUGACGGAGUUCCAGGAGAAGGCCGAAGUCUGGAUGCUGGGCGAGUUCAAGGCCGGCCUCAAGGUUCCCGGUUCCCAUUUCGAGAUCACGACCAAGUUGACCCCCGAGAGCACUGGAGAGCACACGCUUGCCGUCCGAACGACCGGAGAGUACACUCUCACUAUUGACGGGAAGGAGGUGUUGUCAGGGCCGCAGAGAGAGAUUGCCACGGAGCAGUUCAUCUUCAACCACAUCAAGCUCGAGACCCGCGUCCAAGUUUCCUUGAACGCAGGCCAGGCCUACGACAUCAAGCUGAGCAUGAAGUCUUGGGAUCAUCUGGUGAAGGGCGAGCCGACCCCCUAUGCCGCAUCGCUCUGCUUCGAGGAGUACCAUUCCGAAGAAGCUGGCAUCGCCGAGGCAGUCGAGCUUGCGCGGAGCUCCGAUGUCAGCGUCAUCUACGCCGGUCGAAAUGAGCAAUACGAGUCCGAGGGCUAUGACCUCGAAGACAUCCGCAUGCCGGAAAACCAAGCGACUCUGAUCAAGGCCGUUGCCGCCGCAUCCAAGAAGACCGUACUUGUUCUGCACUGCGGCAACCCUAUCGAUGUCAGUGCCGUGGUGGACGACGUCGAUGCCAUCUUGAACGCCCACUUCCCCGGCCAAGAGGGCGCGCAGGCCACGGCGGAUAUUCUGACGGGAAAGACGAACCCCAGCGGACGUCUCGCAACGACCUGGUUCAGGAAACUGGAAGAUGCCCCCAGCUUCGGCGACUUCCCGGCUACCAAGGGUGAAGAUGGUAGCAUAGCGUUCCGUUACGCGGAGGGGCUCGGCGUCGGGUACCGGCACGCCGAGGCGGCGAAGCGCUCGAGAUGGGCUUUCGGGUAUGGCUUGUCGUACACAACCUUCGCGUACUCGGACUUGGUGGCGACUGUAGAUGAGGCGUCUGGUGUUGCCAAGCUGAAGUGCUCCGUCAAGAUUACGAACACGGGAUCUCGCGCUGGAAAGGAGGUUGUGCAGCUCUUUGUCACUCCACCAAAGGAGACUUCGGUUUGGAGACCUGAACGUGAGCUGAAGGCUUUCACCAAGAUUGACCUGCAACCGGGAGAGUCCACAUUGGCCACAUUGGAGGUCGAUCUCCAAGUGGCUUGUAGUUAUUGGGACGAAGCGCAAAAGGCAUGGAAGCUGGAGAAGGGACAGUACGGCGUUCGGGUUGGAGACCGCCAAAGUGACAUUUCAGUCACAGCGGAGAAGACCUGGAAUGGCUUGUAA